AUGGCGGCUGCAGAACCCCAGCCCGCCCCAGCCCCGGCUGGCUCCCACCAGGAACCCAAAUUCUCCCGCUACCGCUCCGUCCGUCGUGCUCACCAACACCAACACCAGCAUGAUCCGCCCGCCAUGCCUCCACUACUGCCGCCAGAACCCACUCAGCCCGCCCCCGCCUCCGCCACAGUGAGCCGUAGCAUGUCGCGCUACCGCCGCCAACGCCCCGUUACAGCCACCGCGCCCGUCGCCCACGACCGCGCCGCGCCUCCACUUCCCACCCAGCCUGUCGCCUCCUCCGCUCGCGAGCAGCGUCGUGUGCGUGCCGCGAGCAACCCCGCCCAGCCCCCAAAUCACCAGACAAGCCGCCCCUCGACAGCGCGCGCUCAGGGAGGCGCGCCCGACCACAAUGUUUUGGAUUCUCCCACGAGGGCAAGGGAGGAGGCCCGCAGGCUUCUGGAGGGCGAGAGCCAGCGCCAGGCACGCAUGAAUGCCCAGCUGAAAGCCGAGAAGCGAGCCAAGCUUGAGGAGGCCGAGAGACAACGUGCCCAGCUUGAGGCUGAGGAAUCCGAGCGGCGCAACGCCGAGCGCGUUCGCCAAUACCAAGAGAAGAGAGCCGAGGACCUGAGGGUACGGCAAGAGACUGCUCGCGCCCAAGCUGCUCAGGCGCGCCAGGAAGAGGACGACAGAGUGCGUGCUGCAGAGCGGGAGAGGCCGCGCACCGGAAAGACAUCCGGCGCAGGCUCCGAAUCGGACGCUCCUCAGGUCCCACACUCACCUGAGAGCCCCUCGUCGUUCCGCAAAAAGGACCGUUUGGCUGGCUUGUUGCGCAGGCGCAAAGAUGACCACCAGCCUGAUGUGGCCUUUAUUCCCGCUCCAAAACCCCGCCAGGUCAGCAAUAACGACAACAGCAACUCCGAUGCUUACAUCAAGGCUGGCGGUGGCGGGGUCGUUCCCGGAAUCGACGCUCCCGUUUCUGCUGUCAAUGCAGGUGACCGCCGUGUUAUGGUCGAGUGCAAAAAGAAGAAAAUCUUGCUCCCUGUCACGCCCACCACCACUCCGCAGGAGCUCAUUCGCACCGCCUCUAACGUUUUGUCGGAGGACAUCGAUGCCAAGGCGUCGGUGCUCCUUGAGUUCUUCGCCAAAGUCAGCGUGCAGCGCCCGUUGCGCAACUACGAGCAUGUCCGUGACGUCCUCAACUCCUGGGACGACGAUAUGCAGAACUCCCUGAUUCUGGUGGAGUCGCCAAAUGGCGGCAACGACGCUGAACUCAAGGUCAGCUCUGUUCCGUCGGAAAAGCCUGGCGACUAUUCUUGUUGGAUGCAGUAUUCCCAAAAGCCCGGACGGUGGUCCAAGAGGUAUAUCACGUUGAGGAACGACGGUCAAGUGCUGGUGGCGAAGAACGAGAGCGCAAAGGAUGUGGCUAACGCGUGCCAUCUGUCCGACUUCGACAUCUACAGUCCAAGUGCUGAGGCAAAGUCUCGCAGAGUGAAGCCACCGAAGAAGUUCUGCUUCGCCAUCAAGAGCCAGCAAAAGUCUACCAUGUUCAUGUCGACGUCGACCUAUGUGCAUUUUUUCUGCUCCAACGACCAAACUGUGGCUGCUGAUUUCUAUAGCGCUAUCCAAGGGUGGAGGAGCUGGUACCUAGUCAAUGUCAUGGGUGAAGGCCAAAAGAAGGCGAGGGCGGCUGAACAGGCCCACGCCAGUGCUCACCCAGUUCCUGGCAACCAACUUUCGCUACCAGCCAUGGCUGUCCAUCGGCCGAGCACGUCGAUAGAUUCGCACUACCAGCUGGGCUCGUUCAGGCCGCUCCUUGACAUGACUCAGUUUGAGUCGGCAUCGGGACCGAAGUUGGCAAGGUCGCCAACUGAUGAUGAUUCCCGGCUAGCUGAUGGCGGCGGCUUACACGGGCGCAACCAAUCGAUGCGCACCCGCGAGCACCCGCAGCUCACGUCACCAACUCAUCUUACGUCUCCAGGCGGACUUUCCAAUGUGACAUCGCCCACUACCCUGAUCCAGAAGAUUCCAUCUGAGGAUGAAGAUGGCACCUUCGCCGCCGGUGGUCUCCUCGGCCGCGCUUACUCUCAGCGCCAGAAACAACUCACGGAGCGUGAAAAGAAUCUGAAAAACUCUGGGCCGUUCACCGAAGGCCCGUCUCUCCUCAGCUCUACCGAUGCCAUUCACCCACGAGGCAACCGUACUUCCUUGGAUGGCGGUCGCCCGCAGCGCAUGAGCUCCGUCCGCUCCACCCGAGGCGGAGAAUCAAGUGAAAUCAAACGGACUGCCAGUACCCGUCGCGCCAUUCCUAAGCCACUUGUGGACCUGACGCCCCAGUAUCAGGAGCCCCCGCAGUUUUCGAAGAAAGGGAAAGGGUUUCGUCCAGACCAUUUAGGUGGUGGACUGGUUGACGCUGCCACGAGCCCCGAUGUGCCCAUCCCCAUUCCGCCGAGCCAAGACUGGCGCGCGCGCCGUGAUCCAAGUGCGACGCGACCAGGCACUUCCGGCGUUGAUCGCACCAAGAGCCUACGGGGCCAAGGACAGAGGAUUAACUACAUUGCCAAUAACCACGCCAACGUCCCAGAGAACGGCGCCGAGGGCUUCACAGGGCACGGUCUGAUUGCAACUACGAAUUUCGGACCUACAGCUUCUGCUGUACCUUUUGGUCAUGGCGUCAUGGAUGGGAGCAAGGCAAAGGGUCCCAUGAUCGACCUCAGUGAAGGGAACCGUUUCCAACCCGGGAGCUUGCUCGACCGUGUUGCGACAACCCAGCCCAAAGUACCUAUCAUCGACCGGGAGUAG